CAUUUUUUAGACAGAGAAAGAGAGAGAAAGAGAGGAUGAAUGCGGCGCCUCGUCAGCAGCCUCCUCGGGGUUCGGAGUCGGCGGCGGGGGGGGGCCGGGGCGCGGCUGCCGGAGCCGCCGACGGGACGGUGAUGCUCAGAAUUUACGAGGCCUGGAAAGGCAGCAAUGUGUUUCUUUGUGGUGGAAGGCUCAUAUUUGGACCUGAUGCAAGAUCUAUUUUGUUAACUGUAUUUCUUAUUGCUGCCCCGGUCGCAGUUUUCUGCGUCUUUGUAGCGAGAAAACUGCUUGAUGAUUUUCCACGUGACUGGGGAAUAUCCAUAAUGGUUGCUGCUAUUGCUUUGGCAGUAUUUGACUUGAUUCUUCUUAUAUUAACCUCAGGACGAGAUCCUGGUAUAAUACCUCGCAGUGCUCACCCUCCAGAGCCGGAAGACUACGAAGGGAGUACAGAGACAGGGGCUAAUCAAACUCCACAGUUGCGAUUGCCACGGCAUAAGGAUGUAAAUGUCAAUGGUGUAACCGUGAGGAUCAAGUACUGUGACACCUGCAUGCUUUAUAGGCCUCCUCGCAGUUCUCACUGUUCGAUAUGCAACAACUGCGUGGAGAAAUUCGACCAUCACUGCCCCUGGGUUGGUCAGUGCAUUGGACUGCGCAAUUACCGUUUCUUCUUCAUGUUCAUCUCCUGUGGUACUCUUCUCUGCUUAUAUGUACAUGGAUUCUGCUGGGUCUACAUCAAGAGAAUCAUGAACAGUGAGAAUACUACGAUCUGGAAAGCGAUGAUCAAGACUCCUGCCUCCAUUGCACUAAUAGCUUACACUUUCAUCGCAUUCUGGUUUGUGGGCGGCCUUACUUUCUUCCAUUUGUAUCUCAUCAGUACAAACCAGUCAACUUAUGAGAACUUUAGAUAUCGUUAUGAUCGGCGAGCCAAUCCGUUCAACAAAGGGGUGUUUGCAAACUUCUUUGAGACAUUCUGCAGCAGCAUUCCUCAAUCCAAGAACGAUUUCAGGAAAAAGGUUCCCAAGGACCCUUCAAUUCUACCUCGCAUAGUUGGUGGUGGUUUUGUAAGUCCCCUAAUGGGCAAAGCCAUUAGUGACAUAGAAAUGGGAAGGAAGCCAGCUUGGGACGAAGCUGCAGGGCAGGAUGUCGAUUUUGAAGACGAACACAUCAGCAACGAUGAUGGUCCAGACAAGGAUCAAGGACCGAAUGAUGCUGAUGUUUCACCAGAUUUAAGCAGAAACCUUCCAACGGAAAGCGCAGAGAGACGUGAUGUAUUGUACUCGAGGCGUUCUAGUUGGGGAAGGAGAAGUGGGAGCUUGAAUAUUUCACCUGAGAUUCUUGCUUUGGCUGCUGGAGUUGGAGACUCAAGGCGUGUCACCGACGGAAGGCAUGGAAACUUCCCAGCAGAAACCGACCAAUCUCAGGCCAGUUCUUAGAUGUGUACAGAAAACCAGCGAGAAGACAUGAAUUGUAUGGUAAAAGAGAGACUAUUUAUAGUGCAAAUGAUGUAAAUCUAAAUUUGGCGGUGUUGAUUUGACUAAUAUGCUUAGCGGUUAAAAGCUUUUGAAAACCGGGUUUUAAGGACGAGGCUUUUUGUUGUUUGUAAGACGUGCUCUUGCCAUUAGGCAGUUAAUUCUUUCGCAAGUAAUGGUGUGCCAUUAUUGGUUAAA